CAAUGGCCAAGUCUAAGAAUGCAACAAGUCAUCAUAAUGCCCGUAAACAUCACAAAAAUGGUAUUAAGAAGCUUCCAAAUCAAAGAUAUACAUCAUUGAAUGGAGUAAUUAAUCUUAUAAAAUAAAGUGCAAUUAAAGAUUCGCAAAAAAUAGAAGAUUUGCUAUUAAGAAUGAUCCAUCCAUCAAAAAGAAUAAGAGUCUUGAAACAAGAUUGGCUAAGAGAAAGGCUGGCAAGAGCAAGAACAUCCAUUGAUC